UCUUCAAAACACAUGGUUGGCUCAUUUCAUCUACAAUAAUUUCCUUUACCAUGAUUAUAAUCAUGCUUUUGUGUAAUUUUUGUAAACCCACACCACACUUUUAGCUUAAAAUCAUUGUUUUUUCACCCCAUUGUCGACUGUCAUUUUCUUCUCUCAUUUUCUCUCUUGUUGAACACCAUUUUUCUUCUUCAAAACAUAUAGUUGGCCCAUUUCCUCUACAAAAAUUUUCAUUACCAUGACUAUAAUCAUGCUUUUGUGUAUUUUUUGUAAACCCAGACCACACUUUCAACUUAAAAUCAUUGGUUUUUUCCCCACUAUCGAGUGCCAUAUUUUUCGCUCAUUUUCUCUCUUGCCAAACACCAUUUUUCUUCUUCAAAACACAUCUGGUUACUUCUUUAAUUUGGGAUUCAAGCAAAGCUAAACCCCAUUUAACAUUCACAUGUAAGCUUCAUACUUUUCUCUCUAAUUCAUUUAUGUCAUCAAGAUCUAUUUAGUUUCUAUUACUGGGUUUUCAAAAAGAAAAUUCACAUAACAGAGGAAUGGGAGCUUACAAAGCAGAUUAUGACUAUGAUUACUUGUUUAAGGUUGUCCUGAUUGGUGACUCUGGUGUCGAAAAAACCAACCUUUUUUCUCGAUUUACAAAGAACGAGUUUAGCCUUGAAUCUACGUCCACCAUUGGGGUUGAGUUUGCAACCAGUAGCAUUCGUGUUGAUGAUAAGGUCAUUAAAGCUCAGAUUUGGGACACUACUGGCCAAGAAAGAUCAUUGUUGCUGACAUUUUAGACGGAUCAAGCCUUCAGCUCACACUAUCCAUUGGCUUUGGUAGUUUUUGUAUCUCCUAAGGUAGUGGCAUGUAUAAACUUACGUAGUUGAAUUUGAGGUUGGAAUGUAAUUAGGAUGUUAUAAAGUGGUGUUUAAUGAAUGUGCACAUAAUAACCAAAUGUGUCUGUGUUCUGAUGUCAUGUAUGCAUAAUAAGCUAUUUUGGCAUGUAUAAGUUGUUUUGGUACCAUUUGAUGUUGGUUAG